AUGGACUAUCUCACGAAUGUGGGUAGGAGUACCCGCGAGGCCAUAGCCACCGAUACCACUCUCCAACGCACCGUUCGAUAUGGUCGCAACGCCCUUCUGGCCGCUCCCUCUGUUGCUGGCCAAUAUCUGAUGGAGAAGGCGCCCGUCAUUCAGUGGUUGCCCAGCUAUAAGCCGCGAUGGAUCUUGAACGAUGCCCUUGCUGGCAUUACCGUUGGCGUGUUGCUGAUACCCCAAUCCCUGGCAUAUGCAAAAAUCGCCACAAUACCUGGAGAGUUUGGCCUCAUGUCGAGCUGGCUGCCAAACUUUCUCUACUUCAUCAUGGGUACUUCCAAGGAUCUUUCCACUGGCCCCACAUCCCUCAUGGGUUUACUUACAGCUGAAAUCAUCCGCGACGUGUCCAAGGACGGCUACACCCCACAAGCCAUUGCCUCGGCAGUAGCCAUGUCGGUGGGCAUAUAUUCCAUGGCAAUAGGUCUCUUGAAGCUGGGCUUCUUACUCGAGUUCAUCUCCGUCCCUGUCCUGAGCGGCUUCAUCUCUGCGGCCGCUAUUGUCAUCAUGCUUGGGCAGAUCCCAUCCCUGUUCGGCAUCACCGUACCCACGGGAACUGCGAAGAUUAUUCACGAUCUAUUCGCAAAGAUCCCCCAGUACGACGGCCCGACCACGGGUGUUGGCCUUGGAGGCAUCUUGAUGCUUUACCUAAUGCAGAAAAUGGGGCAACAAUGGGGCAAAAAGAACAAAGUCGUCUGGCUGCUUGCUCUAGGUCGUAGUGCCGUAGUCCUCGUGCUGUUCACCGGCAUCUCCUAUGCUGUGAACAAGGGUCGUGACGAUGAUCCGGUCUUCGCGCUCAGCAAGGUCAAGUCUGAUGGCAUUGCCACGCCACGCAUGCCUGACUCGACACUGAUCGGUAAAGUAUUCCCACGUGCAAUUGCACCCUUCAUUGCUGCAGCCCUCGAGCAUCUUGCCAUUGCCAAAGCGUUUGGUCGUAAAAAUGACUAUGUGACCGAUCCAGCACAAGAGCUCGUCUACCUAGGCUUCACCAACUUCUUCAACGCCUUCUUCUCCUCCAUGUCCGUCGGGGGUGCCAUGUCGCGCACAGCCGUCAACUCCGAAUCUGGCGUCAAGUCCCCCGCGUACGGUAUCAUCGCAGGCUCCGUCGUCAUCCUCUCCAUCUUCAAGCUCAGCCCCGCCCUGUACUGGAUCCCCAAAGCCACUCUAGCCGCCAUCAUCGUCACCGCCGUAUGGCACAUUGUCAUCCCCCCCAAAGUCUUCUACGGCUACUGGCGCACCUCGCUCGUCGACUUCACCACCGCCAUGCUCGCCUUUUGGCUCACCCUCUUCGUUUCCUCUGAAGUCGGCAUCGGCACCGCAGUAGGCUUCAACAUCCUCUACCACCUCCUCUUCAUGGCCUUCCACCGCGUCCGCCGCAUCACUUGCCUUUCCAUUCUUCCCACUACCCGCCUGCCCGCAGGCUCCCACGCCAUUCCACCGGACACCCAAGUCCUGCGCAUCCACCAGUCCAUGCUCUUCUACAAUGCCUACCGCAUCAAAAACCAAUGUCUCGAGCACAUUCAAACCUUCCACUCCGGCGACGCCGCCACCCUCGAGGCCGCACACGCCUCCCGCAACUGGAGCAUGGCCGGCCACACGCGCGCCCGCCGUCUCCGCGCCAAGGCAGGCGUGCUGGACGAGCCGGUACAGAUUCGCACCGUCGUGUUGGAUUUUGCGGGCGUGUGGAAUAUCGAUACGACGGGGUUAGUGGCAAUGGCGGAUUUGCUGGCGGAUGUGGAGGCGUUUGGGGGGCGCGGGGUUAGGGUGCUGUUUGUGGGCCUGGGUGCGCGGGUCCGGGAGAGGUUUUCAAGGGGCGGGUGGACGGUGUACGAUGUCGAUGGUGAUGGUGGUAGUAGUGGUGGUGCGCGUAUUGCAGAGGCGAAUCCGGCUGCGCAUGCGCCGAGCAAGCGGGUCGUGUACGUGUACAAGAGUCUAGAAGAUGCAGUGUUUACAUCUCGAUUGGCAGGUAGAAACGAGGGCAGUGCUGAAUCACUCGAAGUCCGCGUCGUCGGGGGUAGCAAGGAGAUGGUCUAG